ACCAAUGGAAUGUGUGUGACAGUGUAUGAGAGAGAGAAUGAAGAUAGUGAGUUACAACGUGAACGGCAUGAGACCGCGCAUAGCGCAGUUUGGGUCUCUCCGGAAUCUGCUGAACUCAUUCGACGCAGACAUCAUUUGCUUUCAGGAGACUAAACUAAGGAGGCAGGAAGUCACAGCCGAUUUGGUGAUGGCCGAUGGAUACGAAUCAUUCUUUUCCUGCACCCGCACCUCCGAGAAGGGCCGAACCGGUUAUUCCGGUGUUAUUACAUUUUGUCGUGUAAAGUCUGCAUUUUCAAGUAAUGAAGUGGCCUUGCCCCUGGCGGCAGAGGAAGGCUUCACUGGUCUUAUGGGAAACUCUCAAACUAGCAAAGACGAAUUGUCAUUCUUGGUGGAAGAUCUUGAGGAAUUUUCAAAAGAUGAGCUUUUAAGUGUUGAUUGUGAGGGACGAUGCAUUAUCACAGAUCACAGUCACUUUGUUCUUUUCAAUGUGUAUGGGCCUCGAGCUGGAAGUGAUGACAUGGAAAGGAUUCAGUUUAAGCAAAAAUUUUACAGGAUAUUACAGAAAAGAUUGGAGUCUCUCCUGCAUCAGGGAAGGAAAAUAUUUGUUGUUGGUGAUCUCAAUAUUGCACCAUUUGCAAUUGAUCGAUGUGAUGCAGGACCUGAUUUUGAUAAUAACGAGUUUAGAAGAUGGUUCAAAUCAAUGUUAAUUGAAAAUGGAGGCCAAUUUUCUGAUGUGUUCAGAGCAAAACAUCCUGAUAGAAGAGAAGCAUACACCUGUUGGCCACAAAAUACAGGUGCUGAAGUAUUUAACUUUGGGAGUAGGAUUGACCAUAUUCUGUGUGCUGGUUCAUGCUUACAUGAAUCAGAUGACCUGCAAUGCCAUAGUUUUAUAAGAUGCCAUGUUAAGGAAUGUGACAUUAUGACACAGUACAAACGGUGUAAAUCAGAAAGCAUACUGAGUGCCCAUAGAUGGAAGGAGGGAGGACGUAGCAUUAAACUGGAAGGAUCCGAUCAUGCUCCAGUUUAUAUGACUUUACAUGAAAUUCCUGAGGUCCCUCAGCAUAGUACUCCUUCCUUGUCUGCUAGAUAUGUUCCCAUGGUUCAUGGCAUACAGCAAACUCUAGUGUCAGUGUUGAUGAAAAGGCAAGCUUCUGAACGAAUGAAGUCAUGCAAAAUAAUACAUGAAGGCAUUGCAAUUGGUAGUACUUGUGGGAGUGAAACAGCAGUUAACAAAGCUGGUUCUGCCACAAGACUAAAUGAGUGUCAUUUUCCUCCAAGCCAGGAUUAUGAAGGUGGCAUUUUGGAGGCAAAUGAACUUUCUGGAGGUUCAUCUCAGGAGGCUGUUUCUAAAUCAGGAAGUGAAUAUGAAAAAUCAAUAACUAGGAAAUGUAAUAAAUCCAAGAAAAAAGCAAGAAAUAGUCACUCAUCCCAACUCUCACUUUGGUCAUUUUUUCAGAAAAGUACACAUCUUGACAAUGGUGUCAAUGACCCAUGUACUGAUUACUCAAAUAAUCAGGCAGAACCCUCUCAACCCAAUCCUCAUUUGCACAAAACUUCUACAGUUUUUGAUCAUAAUAGCAGUCCAAAGCAAUAUGAGUUGGAUAGUGAUGCAUGUCAUCAGGAUUUAGCUGAACCAAAUGGUAGCUCCACAAAGGAAGAAAAGAGUAAUGUGGCUUCACUAGAGUGGCAACGGAUACAAAAAUUGAUGCAGAACAGUAUACCUGUUUGCAAGGGCCAUAAAGAACCUUGUAUUGCCCGGGUGGUAAAGAAACAAGGAUCUAAUUUUGGACGCAGAUUCUAUGUUUGUGCUCGUGCUGAGGGUCCUGCAUCUAAUCCCGAAGCAAAUUGUGGUUACUUUAAGUGGGCUACUUCCAAGUCUAUGAAUAAAUAAUGGGAGCAAAUGCCAUUUCAAUCAAAGGAUGAUUCAUUUGCCAGCCUCAUCCUAGUACCUUUGAUGAUGAAUAUGGAGCUGAAAUAUCAGUUUUGCAUGAUUAUGAAAAUUACUAACUUCUUUGAAGGAGCUGCCUCUCAUAAUCAUUUGUCCACACCCUUAUUACAAACAUCCUCAUAGCUUCCUGCUACCAUUGUGAAUUUUGUUUUUCAGUUAUAAUCAGCUGUUGCCACCAUGUAAGUAAAAUAGUAGUAGGCAUGUUUCUCCAUAGAGGAGACUAAUUAAAGGAUAGACUUAAACUAAUUGGAUAAAAAACUUGUUCUGUUGUCAAUGCUCCAUCUCAGCAUAUAACCUGGCUGGACCGUACCACGCUCUAACACCAAAUUGAG